ACACACGAAGGCUGCAGAAAAGCUUUACCGUCCUGCCAUUCACCUGGUGGGUAGUUGGCUUCAUGGCUACAAACUGCAUUUAGCACUGUCGGAUGAGGACCAGAAAAAAGACUCCCAGACAUCAAUCGAAAUGAUCAUCCGGGUGCUUUCAGACUUUGUUGCCAACACUGGACAAAUGGCAUUGGGCUUCCAUCUGCAACAAGAUAACUGUGCUCGGGAGGGCAAGAACAGAUUUGUCCUCAAUCUCAUGCUCAUCUUAGUAGUGAUCGGCGCCUGCCGAUUUACUUCGAUGGGCUUUUUGAGGUCUUCACACUCACAUGAAGAUAUCGAUCAGGCAUUUGGCCAAGUUGCCAGAUUGAUCAUGGGGAAGAGUUUUGGAUCAGCAACUGAGUUGAUCAGCAUCUUGGAGACAGCAAUUCAGUCUGGGCAACCAUCAGAAUCUUCAGGACGCAUCCGCGGCUCAGUCGCCAAUGUCUUCAAGUUGGAUCAAAUAUCAGUUUGGAAAUCGUUUGUUCGACAGACUGGUAUCAGUUUCAAGGGACUUCGCCAUGUGCACUACUAUCGAUUUUGCCUCCGACGUGACAUGGGUUCAGAUGUUUUGGAUUACGUUCGUGAACUGGAAGAGUUGCGGCCAGCAUGUGACCCACAUGGUGAUGAUAUCUUUAUGAUAACAAAACGGUGGCUUGCAGACAAUGAAGUACAACGUGCUGUGUGCGUGAUGUCACAGGCAACUGCCCAGCAAUUUCGAACAGGGUUUGCACCUCCUUCUGGAAUAGCCCCUCGACGACGGAUCGGGGAUGCCAUUGUGAACAACAUCAAGAAGAGAGUUCCCAUUUGUCAGAAGACUGGGGAGUUGAAUGCAGAGAGUGCUGCAUAUUUGCUCAAGUGGUCUCAGCACACCUUGGCUCAGGCUCCAAAGCCUGAAGCCUAUGACAUACUUUCUCACAGAUGGUCUGCAGCCAUGAAAGGUGAAAUCUAUCACGUGGGCCGGUGGUCCAUCGGGGUUCCACGGUCACAUUCCAUGAAACAGCAACAGACUGAAGACUGUGGACAUCAGGAAAGCGAGGACUGCGGAGAAUUGCUUAUGAGUUCUGAUGCUGAAGGUGAACCUGAAGCAUUGCUACUGGAGUCGGAUGCUGACGCAGAACCCAUUGCUGAAGAUGGUGAUUCGAAACCAUCUGUUUAUGGCAAACUUCCACCUCUACAGGGCGAAGUGGGUGCAAGAUUGGCCUUCAUGACGGAGAUCUGUCCUGGAAAGCAGGAGUACUUGCGGGAACGGUUCGUUGACGUGCCCAUGUUCUCGGAUGCCAGUGAUCUCUCCAAGACACAUGCCAAAACUGCUGAUGGUCUAGCGCAUGCUGUUCCAAAGGUGGAUCUACUUGUGGGAGGUUUCCCAUGCAAAGACUUGUCGCCAUUGACAACGACCCCUGGUAGUGUGGUGGACCCAAACUGCCAGUCGGGCAAGGGCUACUUGGGGGUUGAAGGGUACAUUGAAAGGUAUGAAAAGAUCAAAUCAAGGCUGGAGCGCCUGGGAUACCAUGUGGCUGCGGAUUUGUUCAACACGGCGGACUACGGUUUACCCCAACAACGGCGACGGGCUUGGGUCCUUUGUGUUCAAACAUCUCAGCUGGAUGAUCCAAAAGUUCUUACCUCGGAUAUGACCCAAUUCAAGCGGUUGAACGUCCCUCUUGAAAACAUCCUGGAUCCUCGUGGGCCCUUGUGUUCUUCCAAGUGUGGCAAGGGGCAUGGCAAUUCAGGGGCCAAAUGGAAAGAUGGUUUCAAAGAGCAAUGCGAAAUCUUUGGGAAGGAGAAACUGGAAAGUCGGAUCAAAGCCCUUCGCCCUUUAGCGUCCAGUUGCAGUGAGCGAGAACUUGCAAUCCUGGCCACGGCUGUGGAAGACAUUUACCAGUCUGACCUCUCUACAACGACAUGCGUCAUUCCGGGAGGCAAGUACUUGGUCACUGGCAAAGGUGGAUUCAGGCAAUUGGUUGCAAAGGAGCUCGCCUGUCUGCAAGGCGUUGGUCCCAGGGAAUGGCAUCACUUUCAGAUGGCAGAUGAGACCGAUCCAAGCAUGCGUUCUCUGUCCCGGUGCACCUCGCUGCUUUGGUGUCGAUCCUGUCCAAUUGCAGACCUCCACGUCCUUGAUGCGGUGGCAAAGACUGCGGCCAACAGCAAGGUUUCCCAGCCACAGACAGUCUCUGAAGUGGCGCCAGCCCGCAUGUCUUUGCGGGAGUGGAUUGGCCAGGUCUACCAAGGAAGACAUGGUUUUCCUGAGCAACGGAAGUGGCCGUUGCUGGAUGGCGGCACCUUCUUAGAUAUGGUUCAACGGGUUUGGAGUGACGAAGACAACUUGCAGUCUGAGAGUUUGCGGAUGGUGCAAAAGCUAGGAAUUAUGGAUUCCAGUGCUACCGAAGAAGACUUUCAAGCGAAGUAUCUUACCAUGAAGGAAAUGCCGCCCCAACCCGGUGCAUUCUUCACCACCAGCAUCCUCCAGUAUUCUUUCUCCAACGAGAGCUUCUGGCGCAUUCCAGAUAUGGCAUCGGUCCUGGACAUUGCAAAGGCCAUCAGCAUGAUCGGCUGGAAAGAGGGCGAGUGCAUUGGCAUGCGCAUGAUGGAUGAUGACACCUCGGAUCCCAAAUCCUAUGUGCAGAAUGCCCUUCGUUUUGACGAUGGAGGGAUGAAAACCCUGGCCGCUGCUGUUGUGUGGUGCGGCUUGGUCUACUAUGUCAUGUGUUUGAAAGAAGACGACUUGGCCCACCCUGCAAUUGCACAACUUGCUCGGGGGCUCCUAGCGCUGCCCACUUACUAUAAGACCCAGGGUGACGAGGCCAUCGACAUGAUCGGAAGGAUCAUAAAACAGAACGUGGAAGCCAAGAAACAGGCUGUGAGUAGCUAUGAGUGGAGCAUGAUUCUCAAACGGAUGAUUGCCAAUGCCAAAGCUACCAAAACAACACUUUCCCUCCAAGACGCCAUCAACUUGUACAAUUCGAACCCGGAAGUCUCUGCUCAUGGCAUUGGCACUGGAAAGGACAAAAGCGGUUCUGGAAGCUUGGUCAUUGACACGAAGAAGCUCUACUGCAUCAAACAUUGGCUUGAAGCUACCUCUGAUGCUGCCCAUGAACAAGUUCAAAUCUCCUUGCGGGAUGGUGCUUUCAACUAUGGUCCAUGGGGUGAGCCCUUGAGCCAACUGAAGUUUCUCUUCGUGGAUUCAGUUGCCAACUUGGCGCCACUGACCCAAGCGGAUGUCAUCCCAGCGAACCAGGAACCGACUAUCUCCAUCAACUGGCAGCUGCCACUAGAUGGCAGAACCCAGGGGGCUUUGUUUGAGAGAAUCAGGAAAGCCUUUGAAAAGGCAACUGCAAUCAUUGAUUCCCCUCAAGACCGAAAGCGCUACAGGCUGUCAGAAGAGGAGCUCUACUCCAUGAGAAACCUGAUGUGCCUAUGGAUGCAGAUCAAGGACUUCUGUUCUACCAGGAUUUCCAACUUCCAGGACUUUGACUCCCAGAUCCUCUCCGGGAACACCAAGGAUCAUGAGUUGCAUGCGCUCCUAGAGUCUCGACCUCCCCAGUUUGGUGUUAGCAUGCUACCAUCAUCGCAACGUGAAGCCCUGGAAACGGUUCGACAGAAAGAGGAAGGUCAAAGCCUCGAGGUUGAAAAAGAAAGACUGGCAGUUCGAGAUGCACGAUGGACAUUCUUUCAAAGUGCACUCUUGAGAGAUCAGGAAAAGCUCAAGGUUGUGGAGGAAGCACCCGGAAAGAUUGCAGCGCUUCGGCAUCGCAAGCAAAUGCAGUGGCGGCUCACCCAGGCAAGUUUGGGAGAAAAGGUCAUCAAGGGCUACAAGGAGAAGCUUCUGAAGUGCGACCUAGUUUCCAAACCGGAGCUGGCACAGCAAAAGAUCAAUGAGUACCGGACUUUUGUGGCUCAGUCUUGCAGUUGCAAGCUGGAGGAUGUCCACACGAUCUGCAUUGUCGACCUCAACAUUCCUGGUGCAAAGAACUCGGAGGCAGUGAAUGAGUUGUGCUCAUGCCUGCAGUUUGUAAAUGACCUGGCACCUGCAAAAAACAUCGGUCUACUUGAGCUACCUGAGAUCGCUCGAAAGUCGUCCAAGCGAGGCCUGUGCGACGAGGAGAAUGAGAUCCAAACUUGUUUGUGGUCCCUCAGGCGGUUCAACUCUGGGCGUUUGGUUUGCAACAUCGACGCAGUUUCUGACAAUGUGUUCCUGACCUCCUCUGAAUUGGGAACCUGUGGGCGACCUUUGGUGGAUGAGUCUGACAUCCAGAUUCCCUUGAGCAAAGAGAUGUUCUUGCCAGAGAGCCUGGACUGUGAAAUGGAUUUGCGACAAGCUGAACGGCAGCGACCAUCUGUGGAAGCUACCACCGCACAAAAAGGAGUUGGCCGUUGGAUUGCCCUGCUCAACUCUGCCCUCACCGUGACUGAGGGUGCCCUGAAAGACAAGCCUGUCAUUGUUGUGAAUUUGACUGGUUAUGUCGAAGAUGUUGGUGUUGCUGUGUUCAACAUGCGUCUCCGCGACAUCGAGCUGAAGGGUGGCUUUCACAUGGAGAACCUCUACUACCAGAGUGUUGGAUGGCUAUCCAAGGACAGCUUCGGGCACAUGCGUUUGGAACGGGACCUGACUGAUGCCUGGGUUCAACGACAAUUCGAACAUGGUGGCCACAAGUUCUCGAUGGAGGCUCCUGACCUGAGUGAAGCUGAACUGGCUUCGAUCCCUGGUGCGAAGGCUUCCAUGGGGAACUUGGAUGCCCUCCAGUUCGAGGUAUUGGAACGGGUCAAUGACAAGAUGGUCAUCAAAGCUGAUGAGCGAAGGUUCUGGAUGGCUCAAGCGGGGGAGAUCAAAACCACCUUUGAGAACUUGAAGGAACACCACAUGGAGUUGGUGGGCCAUCAGCAGCAGCAGCAGCAGCAAGUUGCAAACAACAGUGAGGCAGAGAAUGCAGGUUCCACCCAAGACCCCACCAUCCCGGUUGUUCAAAUGGAGUCCCUUGCCAAGUUGGAGUCCGAGGUUGGUGUGGAACAUCGUGCUCCAUCGGAGAUAGCGAGUGUGGAGCUCUUGAGGGGCAAAGAUGGCAGCCUGUGGUUGCUGAGUUCGCAGAACAAGAGUGUGGGGAAGCACCAGCUUUUGGGUGGAUAUGGCACUGGCCAAUGGCUCACUGCCAGUGAGUGUGCUGACCCUGGGAUUCCCUUCACUGUGGCUGAGGGUGACAAAACAAUCAUCCAAUUGGAUGAGUCAAGUUUCGGGGCUGAGGGUGCACAAGGUGUGAGCACCCUGACGAUCUACAAGCUUUUGUUGCGCGCAGAGACUGAGAAACAAAUUGUUCAACACAAACUGAGCUUUCUCAAGGUGGAGCGCAAGCAGGCUGUUGAGGCCGGGCAGGAUGGCUUCGAAAUCACUUUGCGCCAGUCCAUGGUCUUCAAGUGUGUGAAGGACCCAAGGGCUGGUGAGACUGAACGGAUUUCUUGCAAGAACUUCUUCAGCAAGUUCGUUGGCGCUUUGCCAUCAUCGGUGUUGGCCGCAGUGAGGUAUCGUUUUGAGAGAGUUGGUCAAAACUUUAAGGUGCAGCGACCAUAUGUCAUCACACGUCGUGCGGUCUCCUUAGAGAAAGACAAGCCACAAAAACUGGCUUUUCGCUAUGGGGAUGUUCUUCGCGUUUGGAAAAUCAUCUUAGCAACCCUGGGCAUUGCUGACUUCGCCCAGCGAUGUCAGUUUGAGAUGGAAAACGUUCGUGAAGUUUUGAUGAAGUAUGCCCCUGUCUUUGCUGACAACACGGAGAACUUGGACAUGAUGAUGCAAUGCAUUCAAGUGUUGACGGUGUGGUCAAACAUGACUUUCAAUGUCCAAAUGAAUGGAGAAGGAUCUGAGAAUGAUACUUCGUUUGCGAUGUCUGUUUGGAUUGAACCUGACAUGGUGAUGCCUAUGCCGAAGCCAUCAGCGCCUGAGUCUUUGAGGUCCAAGUUGGGUUCCUUUAUGCAUGGAAAAGCUCACCUGAAGGAGCACUUAGUUAGCGAGCUUUUUAGCGCGAGGAGAGAGCUCAAAAACCUGGUGGCCUGGUCCUCUGGUUCUGCUCAAGAACUUGCGGCUCGAUUUGAACAUGCUGAGGUUUUGCUGGAUGAUGUACAAACAGUUUUGAUAACUCUUUAG